AGAGAGAGAGAAAGAAAGAUACACACACACAGAGAGAGAGAGAGAGAGAGGUAGAAGUGGAGAGAGGAGGGGAGAGAAGAGACCGGAGCAGAGGUGAUCUUGCCCUCAUUAGUGUCAGAACUACAGGAUGAUUAUGGGUUGAGAAGGGAAUGAUGGAAGGCAACAAAGUUCUUCAUUUCGUGCCAUCCGAGGCUCCCUCCUCAGGGAUGGCUAAGAAUGGAUACUUUUAUCAAGAGAUGGAGCAGAGGGAGAGAGAGGAGCAGGAGGAGGGGAGCGAGGAGAGAGAGGAGGGCCAGGACUCUCCCAUCCCAUCAGGAGAUGACAUUCAUCUCUACGGUAGCCAGACGCACCAAGGAGGAACAGAAUCUGAUGUCCAUGGCUGUGUUCUGCUCAACACAUCGAGAAGGUAUGUGAAGCUGAUGAACUUUGAGGAGGAGGUGCGGGCUCACAGGGAUCUGGAUGGCUUUCUGGAGAGGGCUUGCAUUCUGCUGCACGAGGACGAGACCUCUCUGGACGACGUGUUGAAGACGAUGCUCCGCCACGUCUCACAGGACCCUCGCACCGCCGAACCCGCCUGCAACUUCGAGGAGAUCAUGAGCUCGCUUUUCACAGACGCCGGGUCACAGGAGGUCAAUGACAGGUCGGCGAAAUUCAUUUUCUAUGACGACGUGCAUCUGUUGUCAGAGACGCUGCAGUGUGUGACGGCCACAGCCACAGGGAUUCAGUACCAGCAGUCUUGGCUUUGCAUCCUCUGUAAUGUGAAGAACCUGCAGAGACGGCACGUGUGUAUCUCUCGCCUGGAUCGUCCGCAGAACUGGGGGGAAAACUGUGCGGAAGUCCGUUACGUUAUUCUCAUUCUUGCACCUUCUAAAAUGAAAAGCACUAAGACGGCGAUGGAGCUGGGCAGGACGUUCGCCAGCAUGUUCUCCGAUAUCUCCUUCAGACAGAAGCUGCUAGAGAGUAAGACUCAGGAGGAAUUUAAGGAGGCGCUGGUCAUCCAGAGGUACCACCUGACCGCCACAAAGCGUAAAACUACGGCUGUGGAAGGCGAAGAGACAGACCCACAUAGCCAAAAACCACUGAAGUCUGCAGAAUCUGUGUUCUCUCAUCUUCUGUCUCUCUCUCUGCUGUGCAGGGGGCCCUGUUGUAGAGAUUUUUUCAGAGUGGGCAGAGGAAUCUAUGAGGAUCUUUGCCGUCGCCUGCCUCUCUACCCAUCUGACUUCACUGAUGGUCUGGUGGGUAAUAAUAAAGCCCUGGUCAAAUUCAUGACAACGUCCAUUUUCCUGUACAUUGCCGUGCUGCUUCCUGCCAUUGCUUUCGGCUCGCUCAACGACGAGAUCACUCGGGGGGAGAUUGACGUUCAGAAGACGAUUGUUGGGCAGAGUAUAGGAGGAAUCAUCUACUCACUAUGUGCUGGUUCCCCCCUGGUCAUUCCACUGACCACAGCACCCAUCGCUAUUUUCAUCAGCGUGAUUAGGGGGAUCUGUGAUGAUUACGAGCUAGAUUUCCCAGCGUUUUACGCAUGCAUCGGCUUGUGGAACAGCCUCUUUCUCAUCAUGGGAGGAGUCUUUAACCUCAGUCUGCUUGUUAAGCUCUUCAAGAGGUCGAUAGAGGAGGUGAUAGCUUUGUUCAUUUCCAUUGCUUUUGUAGCAGAUGCAGUUAAGGGCACUGUCAAGAUUUUUCACGAGUACUACCAUGCUCCCACCCUAGCCAAUGGGAGCGCAGCAGAGUUAAAUCGCAUCAGCGGCAGUAUACAUUUAGGGGAACUGAACCUGACAGAAGUGGGGCCAGUGUCCCUCCCGGAAUCCUUCAUUCUGUGCACACGAGCUCGGCCACUUCUCUGUCUCCUCCUCAUGCUGGGCACAUUAUGGGUGGGAUACACACUCUACCAGUUCAGGAGGAGUCCGUUUCUGCAUGUGAAGAUGAGAGAGAUUCUGUCCGACUGUGCUCUGCCUAUCUCAGUGCUUGUCUUCUCUUAUGUGGGAUCAUACAUCUUCAACGACAUUGCCUUGCCGGUCUUUAACUUCCAUGAAGGUCCAGUGUUUCGAGUGGCCCCGCUGGAUAAGCUGACCGGAGCGAGUGUUCUAAGCGCAAUGGGUCUGGGCUUUCUCCUGUUUCUCCUCAUCUUCAUCGACCAGAACAUCGUCGUGUCCCUUACAAACGCACCUGAGAACAGGUUACUGAAAGGCACAGCGUAUCACUGGGACCUGACUCUGUCUGGCUUGAUUAAUAUUUUGAUGUCUGUGCUGGGGUUACCGUGGAUGCAUGCCGCAUUCCCUCACUCCACCCUGCACGUCAGACAGCUGGCCAUCGUGGAAGAGAGGGUGGAAGGAGGACACCUUUACGAGACUAUAGUGAGUGUGAAGGAGACGCGGGUGACCUCACUCGUGGCUAACAUCUUGAUAGGUGUGAGUGUAUUUCUGCUGCCAGUCCCCCUCCAGUGGAUCCCUAAGCCUGUUCUGUACGGCCUCUUCCUCUACAUCGCUCUCACCUCCAUCGACGGCAAUCAAAUGUGCGAUCGUAUGGCUCUGCUACUCAAAGAACAAACGUCCUACCCACCCACUCACUACAUCCGCAAGGUGCCGCAAAGGAAAAUCCAUUAUUUCACUUUCCUUCAGAUGGUGCAGCUGCUUUUCCUGUGUGCGUUUGGGAUGUACCCUCUACCGUACAUGAAGAUGAUCUUUCCUCUGCUAAUGUUUAUCCUCAUACCCAUCAGGAACUGUCUACUGCCCAGGAUCAUUGAGGCUAAGUACCUGGACAUUAUGGAUGCACAGCGCAUGUAAAUGCAUGCGCACUCAGCCUCUGAGCAAAGGACUCUGGGAAUUGUAUUUCUGAAAUGCAAAACUCUGUGAGGAUAAACCAACUUAUUCUAGUGAUUAACAGCAGGCAUUCUGGUGAAGCACUGAACGAGUAAGAGAGAGUUUAGAAAAGAAGGAUAUUUAGAAGAGAGAGUGAGAGAGAUAAAGAGGGGAAGGAGACGCCUGUUCACCGAGUAGAAAGACAGACCGCUGUCUGACUGUUGACCUUGGUCAGUCACUGCUUGUGUCAUAAUCUGAAUUCUACGCCAAAGUCCCCCCCCCCUCUCUCUGGUCUAUUAUGAUGCAUCCACGCAUAGCGAUAUGGAUAAAACACGAAUGAGACGUAAGACACCAUCACACAUACUCUCAAAAUUUGUGUCAUAGCGAAAUUACACUAGUGUUUACUCCAUCAGAUCAUAGUGUUCUUGACACGACUGGUUUUUCAACACGAGACUGAAGCUCAUCUUCAGAGACUGAAAUCUGUAGCAAUACCUCUUAAUGCUGAAUCUGAACACACGCUCAGAGCGUGUCUCUCGUUCACAACCUCUCACGCGGUCAAGUUAAAAAGCUGUUUCUCAUAGAUUUUCCAGUGCAGUUUGGUACAUAUCAGCGAUGACGAGUAAUAAAGAAGUGAGCAUGGACCAAAAGAAUACACUCGCAUUAUUAUUAGGAAACUGUGUCUCAUAGCAAUACACCGGAUUAUUAGAGGCUAUCGAUAUGUUCAUGUUUUCUGUCGAAAGAGUUGUCUUUUGAGGUUAUAGACUUCUAGUUUGGAUACCCACUGAUGUGUUGAGAAUGUAUCAUAAGCGCUGGUGUUUCAGGGAGAAGGAGAAAUAUAAGCAGCAUUUCUGUGGACCUUAUUCACUGCUGAAUGACAUUUAAGCUUUGCACAUCAACAGGACACCAAAACUGUGUUCCCUGCCCAGUCACACACACACGCACACACACACACACACACACACACACACACACACACACACACACACACACACACACACACACACACACACA